UAAGACAAUGGGCAGCUAUCAGGAAACGUCACCACACAAGAAUAUAAUCGUCCUUAAUAACCGCACUUCUUCUAUUCACUAUGAUACCACAAGGUAUAGUGCCGUUGACCAUUCUUGCGUGUGUCGGUGUUGCUGUCGUGGCUGCCGACGGUACAUCAAUGACGAGAAUGCCACUUUCCGUGGACACGCCCACCCCAAGUCCGAUCAUGAACAGGCAAGGUCCUCGCCCAUUUCGUGGUUUCGGUCGUAUUUUCCGACCGCUCCGGUGUUUGAUGGCGUGUCGUUUUGGCAACGUCCCAUCUGACUGUAAGUGCCAACCUAGACCGGAACACAGCUGUGAUCAAUUGAAAUGUGCAGAUGGCAAGGUGUGUAAGGUGUUGCUUGGUCGAUUUCCGCGCUGUGUUAAAGAUAAAUCAGUCUGUGAGCUGCCCAAGGACGUAGGGACAUGCUCAGAGAUUGUUCAUCGCUUCUACUACAACAAAACCACCAACAGGUGCGAGGAGUUUCAUUAUGGCGGCUGCGGAGGAAACGGCAACAACUUCAAGACCAAGAGGGCGUGCAUGAGAACCUGCCGGAAGAGAGGCUUCUUCUUUCCCAGGCCUAUGAGGAUGAAUACGUUGAUGCUUGUCGUGGUCCUGAUCGUGACUUGUGCUGUAAUGCCUGGCCACAAUAUGACAGACACUACAGAAACCUCGUCCCAGAGAAGAGCAGCUUCCAUGGCUACAGGUGAAGGGUCUUACGUCCUGGGCUACAUGAAAACAAUCCGUUGUUUCUUUAUCUGUCGGCGAGCUAUGACGGACCCCCGAUGUGACUGUUCCAGAUGUAAGACUAAAGUUUGCCAAGCAGGCCAGCGGUGUAAAAUGAUUGAUGGAAACCCAAUCUGCGUUGCCGAUCGCGAAGUGUGUCAGCAGACCAGAUCACUUGGACCAUGCAGAGCUCUCAUGCCGCGUUACUUCUACAACAAAGACACCCGAAGCUGCCAGAAGUUCUACUAUGGUGGUUGUCAAGGAAACGGAAACAACUUCAAAACCCGUGGGGACUGUGUUGCCACGUAUGGAGGUGAAACUAACCUAUUGACAAACACUACCUUGCUUGUGUUGGAUCAGGUCGUGACGACUGGCGCCAUGAAUAGUCAUCCGUUUGUAUUCGUGAUCGCUCUGACAUGCGCAGUAGUGUGCGUGAUGGGUGAUGAUACUGAGGAAACAAGCACCAGCAAGCCAGCCACAACAACCAAACCAGCUCCAUCAGAUUACAAGAGAGACACCCGUCCUCAGCCUAGCAACUGCUACUAUCUUUGUCAGACUAGGAAAGGGAACCUGUAUUGCAGAUGUCCACAGAAGGUUACAUGCAAGACAAAGAGGUGUUCUGAUGGCUACGUAUGCAAUGAGCUGUACGGAUAUCCCCGCUGUGUGCCGGAUACGUCAGUGUGCAGGCUCCCGAAGGUAGUCGGCUACUGCAAGGCCUACAUGCCCCGGUACUACUACAAUUCCUAUUCCCGGAGUUGCGAUAGAUUCAUCUAUGGGGGAUGCGGUGGAAACAAAAACAACUUCCAGACAGUCGACGAGUGUAACCGGCGCUGCAGAUACCACUACGGCGAGAUUGUAUAUUGAAGGACUGGAGUCAAUCCGUGGCAUGGCAUACAUGUGAUUGUAGCUGCAGCUUUUAGAAAAGGAAAUAAAUACUUUAUGACA